AUGUUUGGGGAAAAGGUUAUAGAAUUGAUAAAAGAGGCUGAGAGAAACCGUGAAACAAUUGAUCAAUAUAAUGAUGAAAAAAUACGCCAAAUAAUUCAAGAAAUGCACGCAUUAUUUAAAAUGAACAUGACAGAUGCAAAUGCUACAACUGAAAAUAGAUCUCUAUGGACAACAGUACAAGUAAGGCACUCUGCACUAGAGAGGAAUAAAAGAUGUCUUAUUGCAUAUCUGUACAAUAGAAUGGAUAAGAUAAAGACAUUACGGUGGGAGUUUGGUUCUGUUCUACCCCCUGAUGUAAGGGAACUUCUAUCAGAUAAUGAAUACUUGUGGUUCUCUAAAUACUCAACAAACCUUGCUACAUAUAUGAGAUCCUUAGGAGAAGACAUAGGCUAUAGUGGGAUAGAUCUCACAGAAAAUUUACGUCCACCGAAGAGUUUGUAUAUUGAAGUGUUAUGUAUUAGUGAUUAUGGUAAAUUGGAAUUGGAAGAUGGUGAUGUUAUUACAUUAAAGAAGAAUAGUAGACAUUUCUUACCAACUUCAGAGUGUCAGACCCUUAUUAGGCAGGGUGUUUUAAAACAAAUUAUA